AUGGCAUCAAAUCGUAGUAUAGAUGGACCUAUGGCCAAGGCCAUAAAGGCCAAAAUGCAAAUAUCUUUCCCCAGAAUGACCCAUUUUGCCAUGUUUAACGAUUCAUAUAAGCAUGCAGGACAUCAUGGAAUUGCAGAAGUCGAUAAAACUGGUGAAACACAUUUCAGAUUAGAAAUUGUAAGCGAUGAGUUUUCCGGUGUGCCAUUACCGCAAAGGCAUAGGAUGGUCUACCAAUUGCUCCAAGAAGAGAUGUCAGCUGCUGGCGGCGGCGUACAUGCUCUACAGUUAACCACCAGAACCGUUGGUGAGCAGAAAAAGCGUGAAAAGAACUAA